GCGACGACACUACUGGCUGUACUCAUGCACGGGUCCAUGCUGAGAAUGAGCGCGCUGUGCCCGUCGCUCAAGCCUAGGCAGUUGGUUGAUGACGUCUCCCUCCAGUGGACUGGGCAUGCCAAGCACUGCGCGAACGAGCUGGGCGAGGGCAUCGAUCAGCUCAAGUUCGAGCUCCAGGGCCUCCAGCUGCCCAUUCAGAUCAAGAAGCUUGGCUACGUCGCCGCUUCCAGCCGUGGCAGCAAGGCCUUCCGCUCGGCGGCGCGAGCCAGGCAGGCCGCUGGGAUCACGCCGUCCGUCACACAUGGGGCAUCGGUCAGCGGGGUCUCAGACGCGGUGCUCAAGCCGAUCCGCUCGAUCGCUGCGCUGCUGGCAGGAGUGCGCCCGACGGGGAGCAUAUGCAUGGGCAUGCCCUUGCAGGACCAGCCCCACUACGAUCCACUGUAUGCGGCGACCAUUAACAUCGUCUUCAUGUACGCGAGCAUGCUGCGGGAAGGUCGACUGGGAAUGCAAGCCCUCGGAGACGCUUGGGAGUUUGUCAACGGGCAGAUGAGCGCUCAGCCUAGCUGGAGCCGUGUACGUGGCCCACUCGGGGCGUUGUGGCUCACCUUGCAUCGGAUCGGCUGGCGGCUUGCCUCAUCGACAAGCUUCGAGUCCGACCUUGGCACCGUCCUCGACCUGAACCAGAUGGCGCCCAGAGACGUACGUGACCAGGUCGUCCAGGGGGUCACGCGCUGGCUGUUGGCGCGCGCCGAGAGCCACAUCGAGACACACAAUGGCGAGCAGUUCUGGCACCGCGGCAUCAGGAGGUGCGUGGAGAAAGCAGUUCGGGACCCUUCCGAACGCGGCUCGCUGCAGUGUGUCUGGACUGACGCGAUGUGGCCACGACAGAAAAAGUACGAGAAGCGUUUGGUUGACUGUGGUAAGUGCCUGGCAU